AUGAACGGGUCGGGGCGGCUGCCGGCGGCGGGCGAGGAGGAGCCGGCGGCGGCCGCGCUGCUGCCGCCGGGCGGGAACGGGAGCGGCGGCGGCGCGGAGCUGCGGGGGGGCAGCCACGGCGCCACGGUGGCGGCCUGCGCCUCGCUGCUGGCGCUCGUCUUCUGCCUGGGCUCCUACGGGAACCUCAUCGUGCUGCUGUCCUGCCUCGACCCGGCCCUCCGCAAACUGCGCACCAACUUCGACUUCAUGAUCCUCAACCUCUCCUUCUGCGACCUCUUCCUCUGCGGCGUGGCCGCCCCCAUGUUCGCCUUCGUCCUCUUCUUCGACUCGGCCCGCGGCGUGCCCGGCGCCUUCUGCUUCACCUUCCACCUCACCAGCUCCGGCUUCAUCAUCAUGUCCCUCAAGACGGUGGCGGUCAUCGCGCUGCACCGGCUGCGCAUGGUGCUGGGCAAGCAGCCGCCCCGCGCCGCCUCCUUCCCCUGCACGCUGCUGCUCACGCUGCUGCUCUGGGCCACCAGCUUCACGCUGGCCACCUUGGCCGCGCUCCGGACGCGCCGCUCCCGCCUGUGCCUGCCCGUGGCCGGCCGCGAGGGCCAGGCCGCGCUCUACCUCUACGUGGCCGACUUCAUCUGCUGCGUGGCCGUGGUGGCCGUGUGCUACGUGAUGAUCGCGCAGGUGCUGCGCCGCAACGCCCGCGUGCGCCGCUGCCCGCCCGGCGACGCCCGCAGGCCGCAGCCCUUCGCCGUGCCCGCGCUCUACCGCAACCAGGCCUCCGCCGUCAACCUGGCGCCGGGCAAGGACGCGCGCGCCGUGGGCACGUGCGUGGCCAUCGUGUUGUCCGUGCUGGUGUGCUGCCUGCCGCUGGGCAUCUCGCUGGUGCAGGGCACGCUGUCGGGCAGCGGAGGCUUUGUCCUCUACCAGUUCGAGCUGUGCGGGUUCACCCUCGUCUUCUUCAAGUCGGGCUUAAACCCCUUCAUCUACUCCCGCAACAGCGCGGGGCUGCGCAGGAGGGUGCUCUGGUGCCUGCAGUACGUGGCACUGCUUUGCUGCUGCUGCUGCUGCAAGCACAAGACCAGGCUCCGGGCCGUGGGCAAAGGCAGCCUGGAGGUGAACAGGAACAAGUCGUCGCACCACGAGACCAACUCGGCCUACGUGCUGUCUCCCAAGCCUCAGAAGAAGCUCCUGGACCAAGCGUGCGGCCCCAGUCACUCCAAGGAGAGCGCGCUGAGCCCCAAGGCCUCCGCGGGGCCCCAGCACUACGCGCAGAGCAGCUCGACCCCCAUGAACACCCGCGUCGAGCCCUACUACAGCAUCUACAACAGCAGCCCCUCGCAGGAGGUGAGCACCCCCAACAGCCUGCAGCCUGUGAGCUCCGCCUUCGCCUUCACCAGGUCCUACAUCGCCAUGCGCUACCGGGAGUGCGGCGGCGCGGCAGCGCGGCACAUUCCGGUGCCCUCCGUGUAGCUGCGCACGGGGAUGGUGCUGAGCCGGGCUG